GAGAGUACCUCAGGGAGUUGCAUGCUUGUUGGCGGGACCCUAGAGCCUUCUCACGUCUCUCGGCAGAUGGUCGGGUGUUGGCAGCUAUGCAUGAUUCUGUCCAGUCGGGCUUGGAUCGCAUGCCUGCGGUCGAACCUGCUGUUGCCUCGCUCAUUGUGUCCCCUGAUGAAGCCCUGCGUGAGGAUGUUCGGUGCCCGCGGGCUCAAUGUCGCAUUACAGAUGGUUUCCUCUGUAAAGCUUAUAAUGCUGGAGCUCGUGCCGGCCGCCUUGGCAAUUCCUUGGCACACCUCAUGUUUGCCCUUCAGGAUACCGGUGGGGCUGAUGCUGCUGUUGGCUUUAGCGAUGCAGCACUUCAGGCCUUUGCUUUGAUGACCAGAGAGCUUGGGCGUCUGAUGUCUUUUCUGGUCCAGGCUCGCCGACAGGUCUGGCUGGCUCAGUCUACAUUGACUGAGACAUGCCGCAGGACCCUCCGCAGUGUCCCUGUGGUGCCAGGGGAGUUAUUCGGGUCUGCUGCUUUGGAAGCGCUGCAGCGAACUGUUCAGGCGCGGCAGACUAGACAACAGCUCUCAGGCCUCAGCAGAGGUAUGCCCCCUCCUCCUCAUGAUCCGAGGCGCCCAUCGGUCAGCCCCGGCAUUCGGCCGCCUCGGGGUUGUGAUCGGCCUGGUGGGUUUCACCCUCGUGUGGUACAGCAGGGACCCAGCAGGGACUUUCGUGUGCCAGGCCGUCACCCAACCAGGCCCACCCGGGCCGCAGACUCUGGCCGCCGCCCCCCCAGGAUCCCUACGGGUCGUGGGGAGAGAAGGUCUUCCCUUAUGCUGGCCAGAAUCUCCGCUUUCAAGUCUUCAGCCAUACCUGGGACUUCACCUGAGGGAUGGGUGGGUGCGGUGUGGGUAGCUCCGCCCUGUGUGGCUAAUUUGGCUGUGUUCCUCGUGGUAGGCUUCGGGAACGCUGGCUGGCUUGGGCUGGAUAAACAACUGCUUCUUCUGAAAACGUCCGAAGUGGACCUGACAGGACUCCCACCCUUCUACAGCUCGGUGAUCAAUGCCUGGCAGACACUGAAGGUCACAAGAACUCUUGACCCUGGGCCAGGGAUGUGGGUCAAUGAGGAGCCACUUUUUAAUAAUGACUUUCUUAGGAGUGCCCCAUUUUCCUCCGCCACUCUGAGGACUGAAUUUGUUGAGGCCGGCAUGAACAAACUGGGCCACCUGGUGAAUACGUCCAUGGACACACUUGGUGACGUCACAAAUGUCAGAUCCUCAAGACUGGUUAGUAGGAUUGUGGAGGAAGUCUGGCAGUCCCUUGUGUUGAAAUCUUGGAACCUCAUGGAAACAAAGAGAGUUGAAAUAUCCACAUCUUUGAAUUGGUUAUUACUGGAACCUGUCAUCAAGGGAUCACGAUUGGGUUCAGCUUGGGACAAUACGGCUAUGAUCUCUGAACGGUUGGUGCAAAGGGGGGUGGUUACGCUGAAACAUCUGCUUGAACUCGUUGGAUCUGAAAUGGAGGAUGUUGUUCCUUUGGCUCGAAGAUUGGAGAUUCACUCUUUAAGAAUUGCAGGCGUUAUGUUGACAGCGCUUAAG